CGACUUGAGACAUGGGGCAGCCGGGACUCAAACCUCCAACCUUGCGGUUCCCAGACACCCGCUGCACCACGACGAAUAGACCGCUAAACUGUUACUGGGAGUGAAGUGUAGAAUGGAGAACAAAUCAUCUGUUCUGGGAAUGAUGUUGUGGGAAAGAACACUGGGUUUCUGUCCAUGACUCAUCGGGUGCAGCACAUGUGGUAGUUCGGAUUUGGUUAAUCAGGAUUUCUUGACGUGGGGAAUUCCUGACCUCUGGGUCUGGAGUCUCCUCCCCCUGCUGAUUAUAUAACCCGUCGUGUUCCAGCGCUGGGCCAGACGAGAGGGCUGGAGCACAUCAUGAAGUUGGAUUGGGCUGCAGCGUUGUCCUCUUUGACAUUGUUGGUAAUCUUUUGGUCUCCAGUUUGCUGCCAGCAGCCUGUGAACUGCAGAUGGGGAGCUUAUGGAGAAUGGUCGGAGUGUGACGGCUGCUCCAGCACGAAGGUGCAGACUCGGCAUGUGGAGGCGUACGCCCAGUUUGGGGGUCGGCCGUGUUCAGGGGAAGCCGAGCGAAUACAGCCAUGCGUCCCACACAAAGGAUGUCCCCUGGCGACGAGCUGUGGAGACAGAUUCCGCUGCACAUCUGGUCAGUGUAUCAGCCGGUCUCUGGUGUGUAACGGAGACCAGGACUGUGAGGACGGCCUGGACGAGAGAAGCUGUGAUCAAGAUGGCAGCAAGUACACAUGUGACCUCGACAAAACACCACCGAGCUCUGACGUCACCGGCAGAGGGUACAAUGUGUUGACAGGCAAACUGAAGGCAGGUGUGAUCAACACCCUCAGCUUCGGAGGGCAGUGCAGGAAGGUGUUCAGCGGUAGCCAUAAAGCCCACUACAGACUGCCACAGAGCAUCCUAGGGUACAGCUUCCAGGUGACCGCAAACAAUGAGGAGAGCGACGAAUCGUACGAGAGCUCCUGGUCCUACAUGCAGCACAUCCAGGCCAACGCCAUGGUGGGACACGACCGACGGAACUUCCACAAAGAGCUCACUGACAAUAAGGCUUACAGACUCAUAGUCCUGAAGAAUAAAGUGGAGCUGGCCCAGUUCCAAAACACGGCCCCUCAGGAUCUCCCUCUGGCCGAAGGCUUUUGGAAGGCCCUGUCCUCGCUACCGUACACGUACGACUACUCCGCCUACCGCCAGCUGUUGGAGACGUACGGCACACACUACCUCUCCGAGGGCUCACUGGGAGGAGAAUACCAGGCCUUUUUGGAGCUCGACCGCCAGGCUCUCGAAUCGACCCAAACAACAAAUAUAGAUUACCAGAGGUGCUGGCGAAAGGUGAAACGCCGUUUAUUCUGGAAGAAAGUGACGACCGUCUGUGAAAAACUAACUAAAGCUUUGUCAUCCAGCCACGGACAAAAAGUGAACAAGAUGCCCAUAAAGGUCAACGUGAUUGGAGGAGAUACAACCUUUAUAGCCGCUCUAAGUCUUCUGGAUCUGGAGAACCCAGAACGUAACGGAGAGAUCUACGAAAACUGGGCGUCGUCUGUCAAAGACUUCCCUGAAGUCAUUGACCAGAAGCUGCGUCCUCUGUAUGAGCUGGUGAAGGAGGUGCAGUGUGCAGGGUUGAAGAGGCUCCACCUGAAAAGAGCCACAGAGACGUACCUGACGGAGGAGCAUCCCUGUCACUGCCGGCCCUGCCAGAACAACGGCCGGCCUCUUCUGACGGGCUCCGAGUGUCGCUGCAUCUGCCGUCCGGGAACCUCGGGACAGGCCUGCGAGAGGGGAACCGCGAUCGGAGAACAACCAGGGGUAAUCCAUGGCAGCUGGAGCUGCUGGUCCCUCUGGGGAUCCUGCUCUCAGGGUCAAAGGUCAAGGACCAGAAGCUGCAACAACCCCGCACCCAGCAGAGGUGGCCAACACUGCUCCGGACUGCAGCUGGAGCAGAAGCCCUGCGAGGAUGGAGACAUCCAGUUCUUGCAGACGAUGGAGCCUCAGUGCUUCAACCUCUCUGUAAUUUCACCAAAGACGUGUGGAGCGCCUCCAAACCUCAGGAACGGAUUCAUUCAGAAUCCCAGAGACGUUUACCUGGUUGGAAACAUAGUGGAGUACUCCUGCAUACCACACUAUUACCUCAGUGGAGACGCGAGGGCUCAUUGCACUGAAAACCAGAAUUGGAGGAGAGGAUUCUUGGUUUGUAAAAGUUCCACGUGUGGGAUUCCCCCACUCAACGGCCAAGUUAUAGCCACGCCCACGCAAGCGGCUUAUCAGAUUGGAGACCGAGUGUCGCUCUCCUGUCCGGUGGGGUCGGUUCUGGAUGCUGACGUGUCGGAGAUCAUGUGCAGUUCCAGUCUGCAGUGGUCUCCUUCACCGAGCAGCGCUCAUUGUAAAGCCGCUCCCUCGGCUCCUUCUCCACCAUCUGGCCUGCAGUGUAAGCCGUGGGAGGAUGUAGGAAAAACUGAGUGUGUGUGUAAAAUGCCCUCUCAGUGCCCGGUUUCUCUGAAGUUGUGCGCCAGACUCGGCUCAAGCCGAACCCGCUUGCUCAGCGUUUGUCAGCUUGGAGCUCUGCGGUGUAAUGGGAGGAGCUUCGAGUUGGCCAAUGACAGCGAUUGUGUUUGGCCAGAGGAGACGUCCGCGUCGUGCGCGCAGUGCACACCAGGAACGAUCUGUCAGGAAUCGAAGUGCGUUUGUCAGAACAAAACCGAGUGCCCUAACGACUCCGCCCGGCUGUGCGUGAGAUCUGGUGUUGACAGCGUUGCCAUAGCGAUGACCGAAUGUGAGGUGGGCGCCAGGCGGUGUGCUGGGGAGAACGUUAAUGUUUUCAGUAUCGAGGCUUGUCCAGAAUGAAGAUGGCUGAUCUUUUAUUUUACCGAGCGGCCUCCAGCUGUACAUAAAGGAGGGAAGACAUUUCUAUUCUUCUUGUAAGCAAAUGUAAAAACAAUUGCUCACACUGGAACACCCGUAAAUGUGUUCCUCUGCAAUCUUGUGUCUUGACUGAUGACAGGCAAGUAAUGCAUAAGAGUCACCCAUGCAGAGUCAAAUACUAAUGAAUGUAGACAAAGUUUUGAGUUAAUGUUCCUUGCGUGUGUGCCAAUAAAUUGCACUUUAUAAACCUGCAGUGUGCAGACUGAUGAAAGACAGCUUUGUUCUAAUGUCAUGAAAUGGAUUGUUUUUUUUAUAUAGAAAGUUUAUAAAACCACUUUUCAAAUACA